AUGGGCGAUUACGACCAACGGUACCAGCAAGGUCUGUACCUUUCUCCAAACCAGCAGGAUCUCCUGCUUGCCGCUCUCUCCUCCAACAACCCGAACUCCAAGCGGCAAGCCGGCACUCCCCCGAUCAAAACCGACCACUCCCCCGAGCAGUCCUUGAACAGUAUCAGUGCCCCACCGUCUGGUGGUUUCGACAAUGGCAAUGACUUUGGCUAUGGGGACAAUGAAAGUCCUUAUUUGGACUUCAACCCCGAUUUGGACUUCGACUUCCCCGGUUCUGCGGACCUGAUUGGUGAUCUACCAGGGUCGGCCUACGAUAUUGGAGAAAAGCGAAAGUCUGUUGAUGGAAAGUCGGACAUUGAAGGCGAGGAGAAUGGGAAAAAGCGCAGGGAAAGUGAGGCUAAGAAACCCGGUAGAAAGCCACUCACGUCGGAGCCUACUACGAAGCGCAAGGCACAAAAUCGGGCCGCUCAGCGUGCAUUCCGUGAACGCAAGGAGAAGCACCUGAAGGAUUUGGAAGAUACAGUGGAGUCGUUGCAAAAGAGUUCGGACACGGCAAACCAGGAGAACGGCUUGCUACGUGCCCAAGUCGAGCGGUUGCAGGUCGAGCUUCGCGAGUACCGGAAGCGCCUCUCAUGGAUGGCUUCAGGAACUGGCAAUGGCAUAUCGGCCCUGAGCUCAAACUCCAUCCCGAAUGCCCCCUCCAAGGGCGCCUACGGUCUUCAGAACAACGAGUUCCUCUUCGACUUCCCCAAGUUUGGUGACCUGCCUGGCAGUCACCUUUUCAACGGCCAGGCCAAGAACGACCAAUCGAAGGCCAACGCCACCCCUCGACCUCCUGGUGUUUUGGCUCGUAACAACUCGAACGGUCCCUCACGGUCCAACUCGACCGAGGCGGGGUACACCAGGUCGGAUGGUUCCAAGUCCAACGGCACUCCCAACAGCGCCACCUCCGCCAAGGGACCAGAUUCUGGCUACAAGUCUUCCUCGCACACACACGACCACUCGACCUCGGAAAACUCACCAUCGUCGUCGUCUGACUCUCAUCAAAGCCAACUGCUUUCAUCUAACGGGACCUCUCCCGAACCCAGCCUGAGCUCACCGGGUGGAAAAUACCGCGAGCUUGGACCAGGUGAUGCGUGUGGAGGCCAUAUCACCACCGAUGGCGAGAAGUCAUUCUGUGAGCAACUCGGCAUGGCCUGUGGUAACAUCCGGAAUCCCAUCCCCGCACUCCGGGACGGCAAAUCUUUGAGUGUCUCCAGCAAUCAGCCAACCCCAACCGACAAUGUUGCAGUCGCGGAGGACCCUCAGGACCUUGGAAUUGAUUGGCUGGCCCACCAGAAUGGCGGCCAGUUCGAUCCAGUGCUCUUUGGCGACUGGCGAGAGCCUCAGGAUGCCGUACUGUCGCAAGACUUCGGCUCCUUCUUCAACGAUGCAUUCCCUCUGCCGGACUUAGGCAGCCCAUCACACAACCUCAGCGAGGUCGCUACUGAUGCGCAACCUCAACCGAAGAAGAGCCUCGUUGCCCAAAUCGACAGCAAGCUCGAUGAAGACGAGGUUGUUCCCGGUGAGGACCAAUCACAAAUGUUGUCGUGCACAAAGAUCUGGGACCGUCUUCAAUCGAUGGAAAGAUUCCGCAAUGGCGAGAUCGAUGUCGACAAUCUCUGCUCCGAGCUUCGCACCAAGGCACGCUGCUCCGAGGGCGGUGUUGUCGUAAAUCAGACCGACGUUGACGACAUCAUGGGCCGAGCCAAGUAG